GUAGAAAAUAUGCUUCUGAUCAAAUGUUGUCCAACGUCAAAUCAUACCUUGCAUCUUUUGACGAGCACAAACAAAAGUUAUUCGGGCUACAACAUUCAUACAAUAUUAUCUGUCAGUGAGUAGCAGAGAUCUUGUCUGGAGAGCUUACGUGUACGUGUUGUCAGAGAAUUAUGAGCAAUUAUUCCACAUGAGGUGCCACCAAACAAGAACGGGAACCUUGGCGAGGUGAAGCGUUUAAUGUAGUAGCGGCAUCAUGUCUCCUAAGAUAAAAACCCUGCGGAUGGCGUUACUUACCUUCCUGCUGUUUCUGAUGACGACAAGUCUGAGAUACACGCUAACAGGGGGAGACGUUAGAGUCAGGAUUGUGAUCGACUCAACACACAAGGACUUCGGACCACCGCCGGAACUUGCCACACUGCUAUCGACCUCUGUGAACCACUCAAGCACGGGCAGGGAUGUCAUACACUCUGUGAACACACUACAGAGGUCCGCACGUCACGAGUUCAACUCUCGAGCCAUACAAGUCUUCAGAAAUCAGCUGAACAGCCAAGUUCACACCGCGGAGAUCUUCAUCCUCACACAGUCAAACACGCGCCCUGGCGACAGGAUACCGUACUACAGGGGCCGAGGUGGCUACAACAUCGACCAAACGUUAUACUCACUGCAACCAUCUAAAAUGGCAGCAGGAGGAGACAUCUUUGACCGCUGUAGCGUGGUGGGAAACAGCGGGAUUCUUAAGGACAGCGGCUGUGGACGGGAGAUAGACGGGACAGACUUCAUCUUCAGGUUGAACUUGUUCCCGACCCUGCCCAAGUUCGCGGACGACACGGGAGCCAGAACACAUCUAGUCACAUGUGAUGGAGCUACACUCAGCAAAAAAUUUCUUAAUCUGGGAGAGCCACUGUGGAGACAAGCCUUCCAGAACUACGUCACAAACAGCCGUUACGGGCCGGUCCUGAUCCUCACCUCGCCGUUCAGUACUCGCGACCACACCCAGAAGCUUCUGGACCUCCAGAGAACCGUUCAUCAACAGAGGAUGAGACCCACCGUGGUGCUGGGGCAUCCCGUACACUGGAACGCUACCGUGGAGUACUGGAACAGGGCCGGCCUGGGUAGGACCAUGUCAAACGGUUUCUACCUGGUGAGUUCGGCUCUGUCCCUCUGUAACAAGGUCACGGUGUUCGGGUUCUGGCCCUUCACAGAGGACAAACAAGGGCGGCACGUGGACUUCCACAUGGCCCAGAACGUCUGGCCCCACCUCUCACACGAACAGAGCGAGGAAAGCCUGGACAGAAUGCGCGCCGAAUUUCAGAUGUUGCUGGAGUUACACAGACUUGGUCUACUGAGGCUUGUUACAGAUCCAUGUAGACGUAUACCGGUCAUUGCUACAGUCUAGUGCAGAACUGUAGAACGAAGUUCAUUGUUGCUAUCGUCACCAUAGGCAGAAGCUGAGCUUCAAUAGAUAGCUUCUCAAACAAUAAGACUCGAAUCUGGAAUCCAGACUUGCCAGGGCACAUGUACACAGGCCGGCGAAAUAAGAAUUUAGGUCGUAGCGAGAUCGCCGCCAAGUGGAAUGGGGUGCUUCUGCGCAUACCGUCAGCCGACUUAGAAUAGAAGCUAGUAUGUACGUGUUACGCUCAUACACACUGGCCAAUGCAGAUGGAUUUGAGUUGUCUUAGAAGUUUGUAAUGAAAUGUUUCAAGCAUAAUGAAUACGACAGCAAUGCGAAUGUCAUUUAGAUCCGAACGUGCGGAAUAUAUAGUCGAAGCAAAGGGAAAGGAAGAGGAUUCGGAUGUUUUGAAGAUGAUGAGAAAUAUAUUAUAUAUACAUCCUGGCAGAUAUCGGUAUUUUGCAAAUUCAACAAUGU